AUGACUAAUGCAGCUAAACGAAGCUUAAGCCUCAAUGGCUCGAUUUUUAAAUAUGUUUUAAUAUUUUUUUUAUUUAUUUUAGUGCUGGACUUCCAACUGGCGACGGUCAGUGCAGCUCUAGCCAACGCAAGACCCGCGCACCGUAAAAUUGUUCAUAAGCAUAAAAACAGUGGAGCAAAACCGCGUCACCAAGCAAAAAAGCAUGUGAAUAUCACGGAGGAGGAUGAUGAGGAUGGUGAAGUAUACGAGGAGGAUGAGGAGGAUGACUAUGAAGAUACGGAUUAUGAAGAGUUGGAAUUCAAGCCAAUAGGGGAUGAGAGGGAUAACCCGUGGGAGUCUUACAUGGAAAAAUUUAACAUUCCCAAGGUUCACGGAUCUGGAGUUUAUGUGGAUCUGGGCAAAAACGGCACUUUUAAUGGUAAAAAAUAUAGAAUGGUCGCGGGAAAAUGCCCAGUUUUUGGGAAAAUUAUAGAAUUUUCUAGCGGUGUAGAUUACCUCUCUCCUGCAAACGACACCGCCAACCCCGCCUUUGGGUUUCCAUACACAGUUCCUGCAGGUAAAACUAUUCGUACAAAUGAAAUACCCAAAACUUCUAGAGGGAGAAUUAGUAUCUCAAAAUCUGCCGUGCAAACAGAUUUGAUAUCUCCUGUCACUGCCAAAACACUGAAAGCAUACGAAUAUGACGGGGAUGAUAUAUUCAACUGCGCCUCCUAUGCAAGCGAAUUGAUGAUGAGUAGUGACAGAAAGUCUGAUUACAAAUAUCCAUUUGCCUUUGAUUUGAAAACUAAAACUUGCCACAUCUUAUACUCUCCGUUGCAACUAAUCCAGGGACCUAAGUAUUGUGAUAAUGAUGGAAAAGUGGAUAGUGGUUCCAGCAGUAUGCCUUGUAUUAAGCCCGUGAAGGACAUGAGUCAAGAAAUGGUUUAUGGAUCUUCCUUCAUUUACAGGGACUGGAAAAAUAAAUGUCCCAAUGCGGCGGUGGCAGAUGCAAUUUUUGGUACCUGGAACGGCACGGCUUGCGUUCCAAUUCAGAAUAGGAGAUUAUUCAAAGCUUCUACUCCUGAAAUUUGCGGUCAAAUAGUGUUCAAAUAUAGUGCAUCGGAUGCACCGGAAAAUUAUGAAACUAAACGCAGUGAAGGUUCUAAAUUUGCAAAUGCAAUCUCAUCUGGUGACCUUGGUGCAGUUGCUAAGAUUAUAAUGCCUGUCACAAACUCUCGCGCCCACCACUCCAAGGGAUGGGGCUUCAAUUGGGCCAAUUAUGAUAGGAAUAAGCGUGAAUGUGGCUUAAUCGAUGAGGUUCCAAAUUGUCUAGUUUUCAAGAUGGGAAACAUUGCAUUCAACUCCUUGGGUUCUCCACUAGAGGAUGAUAUGGAAAAUUUCCCUUGCGAAAUCAAGUCUUUCGGGUAUAUUACCAAGGGAAAUCCUAAUGAUAUCAAUAGCUAUCUCAUUUCAUCGACCCAUCGUGAUAUGAUUCCUAACGACGAUGGUAUUGAGACCUUGAAUGCUCGUAGUUGCAGUGGAUACUAUGGGAAAAUCGGUGCGAAGGAAAGUGAGACAUUGAACCAAACACCAUUGACUUUCUAUGGCUUUGGGAUUAUUACGAUUAUAAGCGCUGCAAUUUUUGUAGUGCUACUAGUGUUAUUAGUGGUAUUUUUGCGCAGGCUAUCCAAAAAGAGAUUUACCAAGGAUGAUGAAGCUUUGUUAAAUAAGUAUGAUGAAUUUGAAGGUAGAAACUACAUGCAUCGGGGGAAUGAUCAUAAUGUAGAUGAAAACGAUUUUUGGGAAAAGCCGCAGGUCAGGCCCAGCGAAGUGACUCCAAUCCGAAUUGAACGAAUUGAAUAUUAA